AAAGAGGAAACGAUGGAUGUUUUAGUACUGUUGCUAGGUUUCAUUGUGGGAGCAAUAUUUCUGCUUAUUUGGGGCAUAAUACGCUGCUUUCGUGCAAAAACCUUAAGACCUGCGUCUAGUGAAAGACCUGAGCACGGAGGAUUUUCAUCGUGGAAUGGUGAUGGUUCUUCGUAUGGGAUAUCGUCCUUUGAUGAUGAGAAGGAGGAAUGUGCUGCGCCUAGGCGACGCGGACCACGCCGUGGAUCUAGAAAUAAAAUAUACACAGGGAUAGAGUUCAUUUUGGGACCAGACAAGGACGGCGAUUCUGAUUCCGAUUCCGACUCCUAGUAGUAGGGGGGGAUAACUCGGUACUUUGAUUAUGAAUUUUGCUUUGCAGCUUUUUCCUUCUUUUGUGCGAUUACCUACCGCUGGAUUUGAUUAUUUUCCAGUCUCCAUAAAACCAAGUGCGACCCACGAAAGAAAGCAAAUUAAAGAAUGCAAAUGAUGUCAUUGAAGACAAAAAUGGAGAUUAGUUGGAAUAAGUUUGACUCCAAAUUAAAGGUGUAACGUGGUGAGUGGUGACCAUAAAUUCAUUUAUCAAAUAAAAUGAAAAAUUACUGCCACAUCUUUAAAACAUGAAUAAUUGACGACAAGGAAGAGCUAUAG